AUGUCGGUACCAUCCCACCUCCUAGCUGACGAGAAGGCACCAGUGUGCCGUCUGGAAAUCCAGCCGCACUUCGAUAAUCUUUCUGCCAAGGAGAAGCUUUAUGCGCAUCAUAUUUCUAAGGCUUCGUUCGCGGGUACCCGUGUCGUUCUUCGUCAGGUUUCACCGGAAUCCGAACCACUGUUCGAUUUGAUCCUUACCGUCGCCCGUCAUGUUGAAAACGACUUCUCCAAGAUCGUAGAGGCAUGCAAUGUUACCGAAGAUGAGAAGAACAAAUUCGCCGAGUUCGGUGCCCAAGUUCUGGCGAAUUUGGGUAACUAUAAGAGCUUCGGUGAUCAGAAAUUCGUUCCUAGAAUCCCAGAGGAAACAUUCACAAAGAUUGCGAGCAUUACACCGGAGGCUGCAAAGCUCUGGGAAGGGAUUAAAAAGCAGGUCUAUCAGAUCUCCCCAGAGGGCAUUACUCUAUUGGGAUACCCACCAGAUCAUAUGAGUGCCUACUAUCCAGAUUCGCCAGCUAUUACCCAAGCGGAUAUUGAGGCUUGCGGCGAGACCUUUGUUAAAAACGGGGUCUUGGUUGAGCACACAAGAUUAAAGCAACUCGAUGAUGGAAGCUUCGACAUGCUAGUUGCUAGUGAGAAGGUCGGCGAGGGAAGCGUAUACGAGACCAAAGAUGGUAGAAAGAUCAGGACCGUCUACGGAGACCAUUCGAAAGAAAUGAAAGUAAUGUCCGACGAAUUAGACGGUGCAAAGAAGGCAGCUUUGAACGAUACACAAGAGAAGAUGAUGGAAGAGUAUGUCAAGAGUUUCAGAGAGGGUAGCCUUGAAGCCCACAAGGAGAGCCAAAGGUACUGGAUCAAGGAUAUUGGCCCAACCAUCGAAACCAAUAUCGGAUUCAUUGAGACCUACCGUGAUCCAGCCGGCACCAAGGCUUACUUCGAGGGUUGGGUUGCCGUUGUGAACAAGGAGAGGACAAAAGUUUUCGGCAAGCUAGUUGAACGGGCUGGUGACUUUAUUCCAAAACUCCCAUGGUCUAAGGACUUUGAAAAGGAUAAGUUCCAGAAGCCAGACUUUACAAGCUUGGAAGGCAACGAUGGUAUCCCCGCUGGUAUCAACAUCCCCAACUAUGACGAUAUCCGAAUGACUCUCGGCUUCAAGAAUGUCUCUCUCGGAAACGUCCUCAACGCUAAAUCGCCAUCCGAGAAGGUUACAUUUAUCGAUGAGAAGGACUUGCCAUUAUUCGAGAGACUAAGAGGUCCAGCCUUCGAACUCCAAGUCGGUCUCCAUGAGCUCUUAGGACAUGGAAGUGGCAAACUGCUCCAAGAAACCGAAAAGGGAGUUUUCAACUUCGACAAGGAGAGCCCACCAGUCAGCCCACUCACCGGCAAGCCAGUUACAACUUACUACAAGGUCGGUGAAACUUGGGGAUCCGUCUUUGGCGCCACUGCCGCCAGCUACGAAGAGUGCCGAGCCGAAUGCGUGGCUAUGUAUCUCUGCCCUGACCGAGAAAUCCUUGAGGUUUUCGGCCAUACUGACGACACUGAAGCUGCUGCUGAAGAUGUUCUCUAUAUUUCUUACCUCCAGAUGGCUCGAGCUGGUCUCCUAGCCCUCGAAUUCUGGGACCCAAAGACCAAGGCAAGAACCACUUUUUAA